AUAAAUUUGGAAAAAAAUUAAAUAUUUUUUUUUUUAAAUGAUUUGAAAAUUUUAAAUAUAAGUGAUAUAUUUAUAAGCUAUUUAUCCAUCAAAGUGUCUCAUUGAUAAAAGUGAAAAUUUUAUAUCACACAGAGACUAUGAAUCGUCAGUGAAUAUGAUCUAACCCAAGUGUCUUAUACUUUUAAUUCAGUGACAGUGGAGCCGGCCAUAAGCUCACAUUAGCUCGAAAAACCUACAAAAAAGGAGCGACAAAAGUAAAGACAAAGUUUUAAGAUGGCAAAGUUUUAAGUUGACUCGGAUGUAAUGUCUUGUAGUUGUUAACUCGGUGAAGUUUGUUGACUUGGAGGCUCUAGAAAUACCAACUCGGAAACAUAAACUUGAGGCGGAACCGCAAGCUUCAAAAUCGCUACUGGAUGCGAGAGAGUAACUUUUGAAAUUUGAUGGCUGCGUGAAAAUUAGCGUUCGAACCGCCUGAGAAAACGUUUGUCAUGACUUAAUGAAAAGGAGUUUGCUGUAGUUCCAGCUACUAGCUAAUAGCUAGUAACUACACACAUUCACAUUCACACAGAGGGACUACUCACAUUUGGUCUUGCGUUUACCAACACAGCGACUUCUAUUUGCGUCAAAAUCAUGGCAAGAUAUGUGUUUACUCUCUCGCUCUUGCCCCGUCUUGGUCUCUCUGGUGGGUUCCAACUAAGGUCUAUAUCUAGCAAGAACGACAACGACAACGACAACGACGCGACGUACGUUCACCCUUGUUUGCCACACGUGUGCUAAGAAUAUCAUCGCAACAGCAGAAGCAUAAGCUACGGCUGAGGGAGAACAGAUCUUCCUCUCCUCUUCUCUCCUCUCAUCCACUCUCCGUCUCUUUGACUUUCGUAUUAUGAACUGACCUGAAAACAUUUACGUCCAUAAUAUUUAUGCUAUGAUAAAUAAAUUUACGCGUCGAUGUAAUAAAUAUGUCAGAGGAACGGCGAUUGAUUUUCAUUUGCAUUAUUUGUUCAUCUAUGGGCUGAUUAAUUGAUUCAGUUAGUAAUUAAUUAAUAAGGUUUAAUGUCCUGUUAAUUAGUGGAUUUAUUUACACCAAAAAUGAGGCUGGAAAUAAUUGGGAUAAUCCUGGUGUCAUGCACCCAAAUACUGUCAGAACACCGGGACUUUUAUGGCCCUUACAAUCCGUUCGGACAUCAAAGGCACCGGCACCAGAACUGGGACGAAGAUCGAAUGACUAAAGAGGUCCGCGUUGCUCAAGGGAGAUUGAGGGGCUUCGUUGUUCAGCCGAAGACUAGUCCGAGGAUGCAGCUGGUUGAUGUUUUUCUUGGAAUCCCUUACGCGGAGCCACCAGUGGGACCGUUCAGAUUUUCACCACCACGAUCACCGCGACCCUGGCGAGAUAUACGACCGGCUCAGGAGUUCGCUCCAGUCUGUCCGCAAGUCCUGCCAACUUUACAGCUCGAAGCUCCCGAACGAACCGAGUAUCUCGGGCGAUUGCUAUCCUACUUAAAAAAUCAGAGCGAAGACUGCUUGUACUUGAAUAUUUACGCUCCUCAUCAGGUUGAAGGUCAAGUUAAUUCAAGAAGGUAUCCAGUUAUGGUUUUUAUCCACGGUGAAAGCUUUGAGUGGAAUAGCGGCAAUCCUUACGACGGCACCGUUCUAGCGGCUUAUGGCAACGUCGUCUUUGUAACUAUUAAUUUUCGUCUUGGUAUUUUGGGUUUCAUGCGACCAGGGACCAGCGACGAGGCGGCCAGCAAUUUUGGGCUGCUCGACCUAACGGCUGCGCUUUUAUGGCUCAAAGAAAAUAUUGCGCGAUUCGGUGGUAAUCCGGAUUUUAUCACUAUUAUGGGACAUGGUACUGGGGCGACACUUGCUAAUUUACUUCUUAUUAGUCCUGUUGCUAACAAUCAAGGCAAGUUUAUUUUCAUAAUUCAAGUAUGUCUGUUCAAACGCGCCAUUUUGAUGUCCGGCUCUGCAUUGAGUUUUGAUGCAAUUGGAAAGGCUCCGCUUCAAAUAACUAAACAGGUUGCAUUUCAAUUAAAUUGUCCUACAAAAAGUGACAGCGAAUUAGCGUCAUGCUUACGAAAUAGAGAUGUAGAAGCAUUGCUAAACGUGAAGAUCGAUAAGCCGCGAUAUGUGCCAGCAUUCGCGCCGCUUAUCGAUCGCGCUGUAAUACCAAAGAAGCCCCUAAGAUUGAUGGAGGAUACCCAAGUGUUUGGCAGUUUCGACUUGAUGUACGGCGUUACUGAAUCUGAAAAGUUCCACAUUUUACCGGCGGUUGACGUGCUAGAGGGAAUGUUGGACGAGCAGCGGGAUCAGGCGAUUCGUGAUCACGCUAAAGCGACUCAUGAACUAGAACCAGAUCCGAUACUGUCACGGGUUUUGGAGCAUUACGGCGGAAAUUUUCUCGAUGCAUUCACUAGUGAUUAUCUAACGAGAAAUCGCGAUAUUGUGCUGGACGUAUUUUCCGAUAGCGGGACCGUUGCACCCCUUGUGAUGACUGGCAAAUUACAUGUUAAAGCUAAUCCCAGAAGCUAUAUGUAUGUUUUUUCACAUCCGAGGGCAAUACAAGAUUACUCUGGUAAACAACGGCAACAUACAAUUCAUGGAGAGGAAUUGCAAUAUAUACUGGGCGUUCCACUUGACGGUGGGAAGUAUCACUUGCGCGGUCGAUAUAAUAUCGGUGAAACACUCUUCUCCGAGGCCAUGAUGACCUGGUGGUGCAAUUUCGUCCAUACAGGGAGCCCAAAUGCGCCUGGAAAGAUGACCUAUUUAACCGACGGACCAAAAGAAUGGCGUCAAUAUCAAAAAACAUAUUGGCCUGAAUUCAAUAACAUCACAGAAAUUUUCUUUAACUUAACAAUACCGCCGAAGGUUGGGCGCCAUUAUCGAUCAUCAGAAAUGAUGUUUUGGAACGAAGACAUUCCCAAUCUAAUUAGACACAAGCCUCGAGGCCCUAGACCAGACUUUCUCGAUCACAUUGAUAAGGACGACCAGUACAGAAACACCAGCUACCCUGGAGUUGACGGGCUUGGCAUAAAGUCUACCACCAUGGCGCCCACUAAUUCUGAUCCUGGUUAUUACGGAUCUAUCGAACGAACUGGAAAUGACUACUCAGAUAAACCUCCCGUCCCUUGGGCUCCGAGUCGCAGCAAGAAUACUUCGCAAAUGAACCACAAAUAUAAUCCCAACGAUGAUAAUAAUAAUAACAAUAAUAAUAAUAAUAAUAAUAAUCAUAAUAAUGAUGAUGAAAAAUCAAUGACGGAAAGCAGCUUCAAAGCUUCCUCAACUUUCACCAUGGUGGUUGGGAUCAGCGUGUUCUUUUUGUUGAUAAACCUGACGGUCCUCUUCUACAUCUACCACAGAAGGCAGCGGAUAAAGAAGAGCAAAGAGUCGUCUUUAUCACAGAAGCUCAAGCGAAACACUAGUGUCCUCACAGGCUCCAGAAAAUCGAAGACGAACCAACAUCAUUGCAAUGACAAUCAUGGAGAAAACGCUGGGGAGCUAAACCGAAAAUGUGAAAGCAAACCUGAUAUCCAUGAAGUGAUUAAGAGCGAUAAGGCUUACGAUAAUAGCUCAAACUUCGGAAGACAAUCAAAACUUUCGAGGCAAAAUUCUAGCUCGACCAUCGACACUCAUAUUAAAGUUAAGGAAUGGAUACAGCAGGAAAUUGUUCACAGGAAAGAAAAUUUUUCUUAUUCAAUCUCACUUUUUACACCCGAUUUACAUUUUCUGAUUUCGUAUAUUUUAUCACUUUCUUUGCAUUGUUACAGAUGUUCCCCACGUUUUUUGCGAAAAACACGAGAAACUUUGCAAAAAGAGCACCAACAGAAAAUCAUCCACUCUGAUAUAGAGCGGAAAAAGCAGGACGAGCAAUUAAAAUCAGAGAAGCCGGAACCAAUAUACGAUCAGAGUCCGGCGCUAACAAUCCGACCGGGGUUGAAAAACUCCAAGUGCAAGCCGGGCAAGGUAUCAGUAGCGAUCGACGCGACCCCAGCAACCCGCACCGAAUCAAUCCUCAAUCAAGUGCCAAUAGAGCUCGUUAAAGACAUCGUUGAAGAUUCCAACACAUACGAGGAAUUCAUCGAGCUCCAAGUUCCCCAGGUGGUGGUCAUCGAGCACCACCAUUCGCGCAGCGACCCUCUUCCAAUGGAAACCGUCUUCAAGACAGCUAUCAAUCAGCGGCCCUCCACCUACAAGAGCGGUUCGUCGCGGGUGUACGAGUCCGAUUCGGGCAGCGCGAGCAGUCUGUACGCGAAAAUCAACCCCAUGUUGAAGAAGCUCCCCAAGUUGAACUUGAACGCCUGCACCUUGGAAGAAGACGUCUCCAACGACACCUGCGACGGAACAUCCAGCAUGGUCUCCAAAACCUAUCAAAGUUUCGAUGAAGGAAUCUACGGAACUAUUCCUAAAAUGAGCACCUUCGCACACCCUUCAGAGGACAUCAACGUGACCAGCCUCGACCCGGUCAUCGAAAAGGACCCGAUUAGUCCCGAGGAAGCCCUCAAGACCAUAAAAAGACGGAAUUACCCGAAAGUUUUGCCGGACAUUGAAAAACGGCGCUCCCUUCCAGUGACUAAUUUUUCGACUCUGACCAAGCAGAGCACAGGGGGAACCGCAGCAGUAAAUCACAGAAAGGGACCGCACCCUUCUUGCGGAUCCGGUUGUCCACCACAGCCACCGCCAAGAAUCUUCGGCACUUCAAAGAGUCUUGAUUUGCCCGAAGAAGAGGAGAAUGAGAGAGAACCAAUUACUACAAAUCUCCAUGUCGGUCCAUUGUUGAAAAGACAGGAUUCUUGCGGUAAGAAUCGCUCGGAUUCCAGCAUCAUUGAUUCGAUUGAGCGGAUUGCCAUUGACGCUCAGCAAGUUCUAUAUCAACAUAAUCGCAAUCAAACUGAGCUGGAUUCAUCAAGCUCUAUUACGCCAAAUCCGAAAUGCCCUGUGCACGGAUCCUACAAAGCUUUCAAUGAUGAAAUGUACACCAAUAGCAGGUCCGCUGACGGUUUGGACAGGAGUGUGGGGAGCGAUGAUUCGUACUGGUACGAGAAUUACGCAGGGGUUGAGACCAACAAAUCGCUCCCGAAUGUCAGCAUUAGAAACAAAAACUGCUACCAAGUGGGAACGGAAAAGGGAGCCGUUUUUGGGCGGGAUGCUCAACCUUUAGCGAAAGAAGGUGAAGGUUUGAGGAUAGUUAUCACCCCUAAGGUGCCCGAUGCCUCUGGUAACUUUGCUAAGGAGGAGGAUGUUCCUUUUGCAAAGCAAACUGAGGCUUUUAGUGUAAUUAGCGAGCGGAAAGAACCGAAAAUAGUGAUCGCUCCUUCGGGUACGCUUAGGCCUCCGAAGAUAAUCAUAAAGCCUGGUACUAAAUUCGAGAGAAAGAGAGAACGAGCGAUUCCCAAGGUUUCGGCUAUUCCCUCGCCGGAGAUUCUCAGCGAGAAACCUCCCUUGAUGGAGAAGCCGAAGGUCACUAGGAUCCCUUCGCUGAGGAGGAGGGGCAGCGAUGCCAGCACGAUUUACUCGGAAAAAGUUGAAGUUGUCCAGCGGAUC